AUGAAUCCGCAAAAAGAAACUUAUCGUAGUACAAAAUCAUUUCAAGUCGAAAAAAUAGUAGUUGAGAUUAGAUUUACUGAUCCAGCGAUGUACAGUCUCGUUGCGCACGAUAUACUUAAUGAUUGCGUCAAGAGUAGUAGUAUAGUUAAUGAUGAUUUUCAAUUCGGUCUGCUCUACUGUAGGCGAACCAAUCCCUUUCAAGUACAAGAUGAGAGAUUACGAGAUGUCAAUUUGGCCCGAGUUCACCGCCUCUUCAAAAAGUGGCUUGACAUGUUGGCAAGCUCAGAUUAUCGGGAGAAUAGUAAGGAGGCAAGAAAACAAAAGUGCAAUUCAACUAAGUGCAAAAGUCAAGGCAACAGAAAUGAUACAAGCUUGAGUUCAUCGAAAUGUUCAGAUUAUAGGAGUUAUUAUAAUUACUACCGCAAAAGCCGCAAACGCUAUUUUAAAAGCCAUAAAACAGAAAAUUUGAUCGUAGAAAGUCCAACUUCACAUAAAUCACAUCCUUCUUUCCACGAAGACAAUCUCAAUGAAUUUUUGGAUAGUCUGAUCUUUGACUCUACUAUUGAUAAUCGUUUGCAGUUUUUGUUUUUUGAGAAAACUAAAUCCACUCUGGAUUCAAACUACAUGAACAUUAAGUCAAAAGUUAACGUGACUAAUAAAAGUGACAAGAUGAUAUUCGCGUACUCAUCUAUCGAAGCAUUGGACGAUGCUGAAGAAACUAACAGUCGUCCUGUUAAAAUUAAAGGCGCUAAACAAAAACAGUUGGGAACAGACGAUCAGGAUUCAGAUACUAAAAAAUAUGGUAAAAGCCCAAAAUUUGACGACAAGCUAGACAACGCAAGCUUUUUCAAUGCCAGUCGCGAUCGUCAACUAACACAGAAUCCACCAAAGGUCACAAUGUUCGGAAGUACAGAUUCUCAAAACUGGAAAAAUCAAGAUAUUUAUACAGAAGAUAAUUCAAAUAGUGAAAACAAUUAUGAUGGAAUAGUAUUUAAUACUUUAGAAGGUUUUGUUCCUAAAUCUAGUACUUCAGAUAAUUCAUAUUUUUUCGACCAACCGGGACCUAGUGAUAAAAAACCUCACAAAGAUCAAUCUAUCUUUUCUAAUAACUGUAUUAACGAUCAAAAUAUCUUUAUGAGCAAUAACAAUAUACCUAUGACACAAGAAUUUAUUUCAGAAAAUAUUAGUGAAAAGUUUAAUUUUGAAAAUGGUUAUCCUAUUGGUGAGAAAGAAUAUUUACAAGGUGAAGAUAUGUCUAUGAAAAAUGAUAAAAUGCUUGAAAAAGUUGAAUUCACACCUGGAGACGUAGGAAGAAUGUUAAACAUGGGAAAUGCUUUAGACUUUCCUCGGACUCAAUCAACAGAUGAUUUAAAACUUGUCAAGAUGCAUCUUCCAAUUAUUCUCCGACUUACUAUUAACUGUCCAUUUAAAAAUGUGCGAGUUAAAUGUAUUGAAAUCCUUCAAAUAAUGAAGGAGCGAGAAUUGUCAAUUCCAAUACCGAUAUAUAAUGGACCUAGUGCAUUUAUUCCCAGUUCAGAGGUGAGUUUUUAA